UAUAUUUCUUCUGUAUGCUUUUUUGCAGAUAACCUUUGGAGUGACCAGAAUCUUGAGGCUGAUCCUGAUCUUCCUCCAGGAUGGAGAACAAUUCGAGAUUCCUCUGGCACCUAUUACUGGCAUGUGCCAACAGGAACCACUCAGUGGCAGCACCCAAUGUACAAUUCGGGAAUAUCUCACAGUCUGAGUACUGUUCAGGAAAAGAAAGUCCUUAGGACUUCAGUCAGUGAUGUUUCUUCAGCUCGGCCCUUUCCUGGAACAGUAUCUACAUCGGGCAGAAGGCUUUCGAUGCCAUGGCAUGAUGAUGAUUUAUUUCACAAUAUUAAUGAUCCAAACUGUAAGAGCUUUGCAGUUCAUUGUCUAGGCUGGGUGGAAAUACCCGAAGAAGAUCUAGCACCUGGAAAGAGCAGUAUCACUGUUAACAAUUGUAUUCAACAGCUGGCCCAUACUAAGUGUGACAGUAGUGACAUGUCACCAAAUGAAGGUGAAAAUAUGGUGAUGAUUUUGAAAAAAGAUACAAUGAGCUUGGUGGAUCCACUUGAUCACAGUCUUAUUCACUCUCAACCUGUCAUCAACAUUCGAGUGUGGGGUGUUGGCUGCAAUAAUGGAAGGUAUAGAGACUUUGCUUUUGUAGCUAAUGAUAAAGAUACCUGCAUGCUGAAGUGUCAUGUAUUCCGUUGUGAUGUCCCAGCCAAAGCUAUUGCCAGUGCCCUCCAUGAUAUGUGUUCUAAGAUCAUGGCUGAAAGAGCAGUGGCCAGUAACGCCAUCACUCGUUCUGUUACGUUAGAGACGAUCUCACCAGAAGACUUACCAGUGCAAGUUGAUAUUCUGGAUACUGUGCGGGAGUCCAUUCAGAAAUAUGAGCUGCUUUUCAUUGGCAGCCUUCCCGUCUCAAAGCCAAUGGGGAUGGAUUUACUGAAUGAUACCAUAGAGAACAUAAUCAGUACCACACUCAGGGAAAACUGGACAGCUGCUGUCAUUGAAGUGACUGAUACAGCAGUGACUGUUCACCGGAGAGAGGUUCCCGAAGAAGAGCCUCUCUGGCAAUGCUCAGUUCGAUAUGUGACAUUUAUGGGUAUUGGGAAAGAUUCUCAUACAUUUGCAAUGAUCGUGGAUGUAGGCAAGCAGUGUUUCCAAUGCACAGUAUUCUGGUGUGAGCCAGAUGCCGGACAUGUCUCGGAGGCAGUACAGGCUGCAUGUAUGGUUCAGUAUCAAAAAUGUGUCGUAGCAUCGACACGGAUGAAGCCCAAAGUUGGACAUGGCAAAUCCCUUCUGAAAAUAAAGAGGACUACAUCUGUGGACUCCCCCAUUUCUCCUUUUAUGUCAUCAGGCCACACCCUUCAGAAAAAUGGGGGGACAAGUAAAAGAAGAGGAGUCAUGGCUUUCUUUGAAGCAUUUAAGCAGAAACAUGUCAGGCAUAGCCCUUAG